AUGGCGAAACUCUUCGGUUUUCCAAUUAACGUCGAAGAAGACGGUGGACGUGGUGGUGGUAGCUCAACCAAUUCUCGAUCUGCUGCCCAACCCGACGGCGACGCCAUGAACUCAUCCGCCGGCUUCUCAGAGUCUGGACCGGCUCCCAUGGAUUCGGAAUCGGAUCUGCGUAGCUCCUUCAUCGAUUUCUUCGGCCGAGAGUCGCACGAGAUGCAACGUGUCUCGCGUGGUGUAGAUAUCUCCGGAGGAUUCGACGACGCCAUGGAGGAGGAUGUGGAGAUAGAAUUAACGCUCGGAAUCGGGGCCGGGUCGGUUACGGGGGAUAAGGAAACUGAUUCGGGUCGGGUCGAAGUUGAAUCUCUAGAGGAUUUUAUGAUGAACGUUUAUGAAGACAGUUCUAUUAUGGAUAUGACUGAGGAAGAGCUUCUAGAUAUUUUACCUGGACUUGGUGGUGAAUACCAUGGAGAUUACUUUGAUGAUAUUUUCGAGCCUCCUCCGGUCAUGGCUACUCGUGCUGCGUCGAAAAGGGUUGUGGAUGAGCUUCCUGUUGUGGAGAUCAACUCUGAGGAGUUGCGCAACGGGAAGAUUGCUUGCGCCAUCUGCAUGGGUGAUUUCGUGGUGAAGGAGAAAGUUACUAGGCUUCCUUGUUGGCAUUACUAUCAUGGAGAGUGUAUUGUACCUUGGUUAGAGAUGAAGAACACAUGCCCUGUUUGUCGGUUUGCGCUUCCUACUGAUGAUCUUUGA